AUGUCAAAUGAAACAGCGUCUAUGAGAGAAAUACAACACAACCGACAACUCAUUAUGCAAGCUCUAAAUAAGAACACAACAAACUUUUCAAACUAUUCUAAGAUAUCUGAGUCAUUGAAAGGGGGUGACUUAAAACUGACAAUAAACCCAAUGACAGAUGAGUUUCUAUUUCAAGACAAUAAGAACAAUACUGUCUGUAUAAAUCCAACAAAAGGAACUUUAAACGAGAAACCUAUAAAUGAACUUCUUUUGAAAGCAGAUGUUGACAACAAAGCUGACAAAGAAUAUGUAGACGAUGCAAUAGCAAAAGAAGAAGAAAGAGCUAACAAUGCUUAUGCUAUAGAUCCGUAUUUUUCCCAAGUGAGCGGGGUAUCUCCAAUCCCAGCCCUAUCGUCCUCCCAGUGUCAGUUUUCAAUAUAA